AUGGAGCGAUCAAUACAAGGCUACUUGGGCCCCACCAGCUUUGUCGCAGGGCUGGAAGAUGAUGGUUACUUGAUUUCCGACGCGGGCGAACAAUCGAGCCAAGAUGCGUCUGAGGGACUUGCCAUCUCCCCAAUCCCUUGGUGGAGAAUGAGGCUUGCAGAGGUCCUUCGAAGCCUUCAAAGCUUCUCUACCAUCAGACACCUGAUUCAAGAAUACUAUGCAGUGACACAAGCAGCUGUAAUCCCAUCUCCUGUGAUCCUCAAUGCCCUCGCGGAGAUUGAGAUCACUCUCUGUGAAAGUCUGCCCGCCGCAACAGACACCAUAGCCAACACACAAUUCAGCACACUGAGUACAUCUAUCGUUCAAAAUACGAGGAAAUCAUUCAAGAUCCCACCUUAUGUCACUGGCGCGUUGUUUCACAAAAGCUUCACAGGAUCACACCUCCGCUUGGAGAUUAUCGGAAUAAUCUGUGCUCUAGCGGGCCGGGCCAGCUAUUUCGGACUGUCUGGUAGCAGAACCUCGAAUUCAAAAUCCCAAAUUCGGUUUUCUCGCAAAAUGCUCGCUGCUUGCGAUUUUGCUUUGAAUACAUGUAAGAAUUUGACAGUUUUGAAUGACCUUACCCUAUGGCUUGUCCACGAAAAUCUCCUCCUAUCGAGUUUGGUGCUGGGCGAUUCCAGUUCAAUCACCUGGCAGCGCCUUGGGGAACUUGCAAAUGAUAUCUUUGAGCUGGGUGUACAUAGAGACACCGCUAGCGAAACACCACUGCCACUUCUUAUUCUGGAAUCCCGAAGGAGACUCUUCGCAGCAGCCUAUCAAUUCGACAAAAGCAUUGCGACUUUUCUCGGUCGACCGCCACGAAUCUCAUGGCGACAUUCAGAUUGCUCCCUCCCCCUCGACAUCCCAGAUCUUGCUCUAGCAGGGAACGCCGAAAUUUUGGAGACUGCUCAAACAUCUCUGGAUGCCAAUGGGUGGAAUACUAGAAAAGUCUACCAAAGAGCAACGUGGAUACGCUUAAGAUUUAUUAUAAGUACGUUUCGAGAAGAAAUCCUGGAGCUUUCUUUACAGAAGCCGAGUGAAGAAAGAACCGAUCAAUUGACUGCUGUCUCUCGUCGCUGCAAUCAGACAUGGGCUUCGCUGCCUGAACAUCUACAUUAUACACCGGAAUGUUGGGCGACCGACCUCCCUGCUAGUGUGAAAAUGAUGCUACUCAUUUCUUACAUGGCUUAUCUUUACAAUGAGUUUCUAGUACAGAACCUUCUGAGCAACGACUCGGAGGGCAUGAAUCCCGCCCAGCUCGACGUAAGCGCAACAAUUCUCUCCACCACUUUGACCUUAGGUAGGCAAUGGGAACGAUCAAUUGCCUCCCAGCGUGACUUCAGCUGGAUUAUUCUUCUCUAUGGGUUUUCUGCAGCCAGUGUGCUGAUUCGAGAAUUGCAAAAACAGGCCAAGACAGGUCAGCGGAUGUUGUAUUCGGGGUCUCAAGCCUCUCUCAUUCGCAACCUGAGUGUAUUCAUCUCGCAUAUGGAGUCCAUGGCACUUCCUGAUCAGACCAGUUCUUCUUUUUUCAAACGGGCAACAAUUAUUUUCUCUCGCAUUGUAGAUGAGAUUCUGGAACCACCAUUAAGGGUUUCUCUUGCCGAUGGAGAUAUUGAUACCACUUUAGCAGCCGAGCUCGAUGCUCCCUUUCUCUUAGAUCUGGAAGAGCUGGAGCUGCUGGAACUGCUUGAGAACAAAGAUUUCAGGGCUUCUUUUGACCAAGUGAUAUGUUAA